CUCUCUUUAAGACUAAAACAAGUCACAACCAUGGCAGCCUCAAAAGUGAGCUUGAAGCUUCUCAUUGACAAACAAAACCACAAAGUUCUCUUCGCUGAAGCUGGCAAAGACUUUGUCGAUUUCCUCUUCAACCUUCUCUCUUUACCUGUUGGGACUGUCAUCAAGCUUCUCACAAAGCAAUCCAUGAUGGGUUGCCUCGGUAAUCUUUACGAUAGCAUCGAAAACUUGAGCGAAAUCUAUAUGCAACCAAACCAGGACAAGAACUCUCUCUUGAACCCCAAAGUUUUUGAUGCGGGAACUCCAUUUUUUCUGCUCGAUAAUGUCUCAGAUGUGAAGAACAAGAAGUUCUACAGGUGUAAGAACUACAUUUGCCCAAACAUCGCCGAUAAGCCUGGUGCUGUGUGUCCUAAUUGCGGGAAUUCUAUGUCCAGCGAGGUGGCCUACGUUCCGCGGGUGGUGGUGAAGGACAAGGAGGUGGCGGUGGCCGAUGAUCAGGGAGGAUAUGUAAAAGGGGUGGUGACUUAUAUGGUGACGGAUGAUCUGGUGGUGCAGCCUAUGUCCACCAUCUCUUGCGUUACUUUGCUUAACAAGUUUAAUGUUAAGGACAUGGGUGCUCUCGAGGAGAGGGUUGUACAUUUGGAGAUGAAAGAGGGUGUGAAGAUAUUGAAGGCAUCUUUGCAGUCUAAGAAUGUCUUCACCAGUGUCUUCCUGGAAAAUAUGGUUGCCUAAUCUUCCACCAAAGUAUCUCCAAGGUGAAAGGGUGAACAAAGUAUAUAUAUAUAGUGACUAAUGAGCCCAUUAAAGAUUAAAAGUCUCAUGUCCACUCGUGAAAUUUCUUCAAAUUGCAGGAAUGUGUCUCAUUUUGUUCCUUUUCUUCUUUCACCAUAUGCAAUAAAUCGGGACAAAAGGGAUCACAUUCCUAUCUUUUAAAGAAAUUUAGGGUGCAAAAUAAGAUUUUUUAAUCUUUUGCUUCAUUGGUUCCAACGGUGGCAGCUGCAGAAUUUGUUAUUGGGUUAGUUAUUUUCGUUAUUACUUUCCAAGUCCGAGGGAUUAUGACAGUAAAAAAUUUAAAAUCUUGCAAUGGUGUGAUUAGUCCUCUAUUUUUUUUUUUUGGGUAAGUUAUUAGUUGUUGUACUUGGUCGUGGAAUAUGUAUGAGAAAUCUGACCAUGUUGGUUUGAGAAUGCGAAUUGUGGCACUAGUGGAUUUGUG